CCAGCACAGUCUUGCCUGCCUCAAGUCCUGGAUUAUUGAGGCAAUGGCAAAACUUGAUUUAUGCUAAGAACCCCACUCUGUGCAAAGCUUUGUUUUAACAUGGAGCUACAACAAAUGCAUGCCAAAUGUCGCCUAAAACAACAGCAACAACAAGAACAGCAGCAGAAGCACCAGCAUCCACAACAACAAUUGCACAGACAAGCAGCAGAAGAAGCAGCAACAACAACAAUAAAAACAGCCACACCCAUGGCCAGAAAUUAAAAGCCAAA